GUGAAGGGGAUUCUCCGUAACCAGCUGUAGCUUAACGUGAUUUGUCACCUCAGUCACUCUAUAUUCCCCGUGAGGAAACGUUCCUUUUUCUUCUAAUCAUUACCGCUUCAACGUUUAAUUCCUCCGCUGGCAUGUUGAAGCUGUCAAUCAAACCUGUGGAAGGUACUCUCAAGCUGCACCGAGAGACAGAGAGAGUAGAAGAAUAGUAGAAGAAGUUUUAGUCUAGCUCAAAGGGCACUUUUUUUUUCAGUUCUCGGAUUCAUUCACCUUUUGAUUGAGACUAUGUACUAUGGUAAAUGAAACUAUGAGGACAGUGGUGUUACGGCAAAGGAUCUUUCUUAGCCAAACUCAAGAUCCAGGAUUUUUUAUUUAUCUCAAUUGAAAUGCACAGGAUCACCAGAUUCAUUGAAGGAUCUGUUUGGACUUUUUUGGCUCUAGACAUACCUGCAGUAUAUGUGAAGUUGGGAGACCAGAGUGAGCUAGGUGAUGGUUCAACAGGCUAAUGAAGAUAGAUGCUAAUUCUUUCUGUUCCGGCAUCCAGUCAGCUGACAAUCCAGCAGAUAACAAUCAAGCGAUGACCACGGUAUCCAUGGAGCCCCUGCUGGUCCUGAUGGAGCUGAUCCCCAACGCCACCGACCCGCCUUUAGACUCCACCCCUUCCUCUCCAGAAGACACCGCCGCCACCUUCACAAUAGGCUGUAUUCUCUCCCUCAUGUGUCUGGUCGGCGUUUCCGGAAACAUCUACACCCUCGUGGUCAUGUGUCAAUCCAUGCGUUUCGCGGCGUCCAUGUACAUUUACAUCAUCAACUUAGCCCUGGCUGACCUCCUCUAUCUGUUGACCAUUCCGUUUGUGGUCUGCACGUACUUCCUGAAAGGUUGGUAUUUUGGCGAUGCUGGGUGCAGGAUUCUAAUCAGUAUGGAUUUUCUGACGAUGCACGCCAGCAUUUUCACGCUGACCAUCAUGAGCACGGAGAGGUACUUUGCCGUGCUGAAACCGCUGGACACAGUCAAGCGGUCAAAGAGCUACCGCAAAGCCAUUGCGGUGCUUGUAUGGGUGGCUUCCCUGGUCCUGACUUUACCCAUGAUUCUCAGUAUUCAGAUGAUGAAGGUGGGGAGCAAGGCCAUGUGCCAGCCGACUAUCUCACCGCUGUCCUAUAAGGUGUACAUCACCUUCCUGUUCUGUACCAGCAUUGUGGCUCCGGGGAUGAUCAUUGGCUUUCUCUACAUCGGACUGGCUCGUACCUACUGGAUCUCACAGACAGAAACCUUCAAACAGACCAAGAAACUACCCAACCAAAAGGUCCUCUAUCUGAUCUUCACCAUUGUACUGCUGUUCUGGGCCUGUUUCCUGCCCUUCUGGAUCUGGCAGCUCCUGGGUCAGUUCCAGCCCUCCAUCCAUCUCUCCACCAAGUCCAAGCGCAACAUCAACUACUUGACCACCUGUCUCACCUACUCUAACAGCUGCAUCAACCCUUUCCUCUACACGCUGCUCACCAAGAACUAUAAGGAGUACCUGCGGAAGCGCCAGCGUACCUGGACUGCGGGCAGCUACUUCAACCGAUGGAACCGGUUCCAGCGAUCACCAAGGAGGUCGCUGUCCUCCAGCAGCCAGCAGUGCACGGAGAGCUUCGUGCUCACGCACACACCGUCUCUGCGCACCACGCACAACAGCAGCCUGUGAGGGUCAGAGAGGGGACAGGAGGAAGAGGAGAAAGGGGAAGGAGCGGACAUAGCAGAUCCUACUGAUUGAGGAAAAGGAGGGAGGAAGAAGGAGCAAUGUGCAGAGUCAACCUCACUCGUUCACGUCUUCUUUAGAGGAAGAAGGAGCAGGAUGGAUUUUGACGCUUCCUGGACCGAUGUUAAGAGAUAGCGAUCUUGAUUUACCCUCCGAACCAGCCUUCACUGAGCAACGGUAGUGGCCACAACACACACAGGAACAAUGGAGCUGGCAGCCCUUGUUUCCCUAUGCUUGUUUAUGAAACACACACUGUGUUCUCAGCAUCCUGCUCAGUGUAACCCUCACCAUAUCUUUCUUUUUUACUAAUCCCAGAAUGUUGUAGUAUACUGUAGAAUACUAGGUUAAUACUAUAGUAUUAUCCACACAAAAAAAAUCACUGUGGUAAAUAAUACAGAAAUAAUUUUUUAAACUAUAGUAUAUACUACAGUAUUUAAUCUGCAUACACCCCCCCCCCCCCCGCACAUCGCAAUUUGUGCCACGUAUAAGUAAGAAACCUAAAUGCUAAGUAUAGACCAUAUAUUGUGUUCCCUACAGGUUAUAGAAAAUAGCAUGAGCUCUGAACGAUCUGUUCAGAACCUACCUACCUACCUAGCUAGUUACAUACAUACAGUACUUGCAGGCAUACCUAUCUAUCUACCUACCUACCAACCAGUUAUGGAACAUGUGCUAUUUUAGUGCAGUUUCCUGAAAGAGAAAGUCUCCACUUCUAUAUUAAAGAUAACAAAACACUACAGUAAAUACUACAGUAUACUACACUCUGCAAAAACACUACAGUGAAUACUGCAGUGUACUAAAAUCUGCAAAAACACCACAGUAAAUACUGCAGUAUACUACAAUCUGCAAAACACUACAGUGAAUACUGCAGUAAACUACAAUCUACAAAACAUUACAGUGAAUACUGCAGUAUACACCAAUCUGCAAAAACACUACUGUAAAUACUAAAGUAUAUACUACCGUUUUAUUUUGCUACAGUAUUUAUACAAUAGUUAACUGUAAAUAAUACAGUAUACUACAGUAAAUCCUACAGUGAAUUCUGCAAAAACAUUACAGUGAACACUAUAGUAGUCAUACCAUAGUAUACUAUAGUGUUUUUUCACUGUGGUUUUCCUUGUUCAUUCUGUCUCAUCAUUUAAACAAGUGUCCAAGUCCAUCCCUAAAUAGUGUGAGGAUUUUCUUCAUAGUGUGGACUUCCCAUUAUUUUCAUGAAUUCUAAAUUCAGCUCUUCGUAGGACAGAAAUGGCACAAUGUUCUACAUCGAAGUUGGCUCCGUUUCAGUGAUGUUCUUCUGUUUUUUACUGUGCAAAGUGGUAAAUGUUUAAUGUCGA